AUGAGUUGCUUGGAUAUGAAGCAAAAAAAUGUUCAAGAUAUUAAUGAAAAUGAAAAUGAAGGAAAAAAUGAUAUAAUAAUAGAUUCGAAUAAAAAAAAAGGAAAUGAAAAUAAAAAGUGGGAAAGAUUUAACAAAAAUCCCCGAAAUAAUAACAUUCCAUCAACAUAUAAUCAACAAAUUUCCAUUAAUACGAAUACUAAUAAUUAUAAUGCUGAAAAUAUAAAUAAUGAAUGGAACAAUUUGAGAAAUGGAUUAAAUCAAAAUUUUCGAAAUGUAAAUAAGUCAAUAAAUACAAAUAAAGAUAAUGAUAAUUACAAUUUUAUGGCAAACAAUAAAAAAGAUAAUUUAAUAGACCAAGAAAGCUGGAGGUCCAAAAAAGUAAAUACAGCAAAUUUUAGAAAUAAUAAUUUUAAUAACAAUGAUAUGAACUCUAAUUUUGAAAAUUCAGAAUUUACAAAAAAUAAUUAUAUUAAAAAUAUGAAUAAUACAGAUAAUUUAAAAUAUAACAGGAACAUUAAAAAUAAUUACAAUAAAAGUGCAAGUAGAAGUAAUUCGAAUGUAAAAAAUGUAAAUACUAAUAUUGUUAAUACAAAUAUUAAUUAUACAUUAAAUGAAAGAGGAAUAAACAGAAAUUUUAAUAAUACUAAUGCAUCAAUUAAUAAUGUAAAUAUUACAAAUGUUAAUAACCAAAAUACAGAUAUCUAUAAUAAUGGUGAACCUAUUUCUGAUAAUCAGAACAAUAUGAAAAAUGUUAAUCAAAACAAUUAUAACAAUUUUAACAAUUCUAGUGCCAAUUUAAAUAAUAAUUUUGGCAACAUGAACAGUAAUACUUUUUAUAAAAAUAUGAAUAAGAAUUAUAAAAUUAGUAAAUUUAAUAAUCAAAAUAAUGAUAUGACAAAUAAUUUUAAUAAUAAUAUAGAUUAUAAAGAAAAUAAGAAGAAUAAUAAUUAUAAAAAUCAAAUUAAUUAUAAUUAUACUUAUAAAAAUGAAGAUAAUAUUAGCAAUACAAACAUUUUAAAAAAUAGAAAUUCUAAUUUAGGUGAAAACUUAAAAAAUAACCAAAAAGAUUUUAAUGCAAGCAUUAAUUAUAAUAAUCAACAAAUCAAGUUUACGGGACAUAUGGAGAAUGAAUCUGAUAAUCAAAAUUCUAUUUCUACUGGUUUAAAUAAUGUACCUAAUAAUUUAAAUAAUCCUGCAAAUUAUAAACUGAAUUUUGAUAAUUGUGCAAAUAAUUUUGAAUUUAAUAAAAACGAAUUACCAUAUAACAUGAAAGGAGAAAAUAAUAAUGAUAGUAACUGUAAUUAUGCAAAAAGUAAUUAUAAUAUAAAUGAAAACAAGGGUUUAACAAAAAACAAAUAUUACAAUAAUUUUAUGUUUAAGAAUAAUGCAAAAUAUUCGCAUAUUAACAAUAACAACAACAAUAAUAAUAACAAUAAUAAUAAUAAUAAUAAUAAUAAUAAUAAUAAUAAUAAUAACAAUAAUAAUAAUAAUAAUAAUAAUAAUAAUAACAACAACAAUAAUAAUAAUAAUAAUAAUAAUAAUAAUAAUAAUAAUAAUAAUAAUAAUAAUAUUAAUAAUAAUAAUAUUAAUAAUAAUAGUUAUAAUAAUAAUAAUAUUAAUAAUAAUAUUAAUAAUAAUAAUAAUAAUAAUAAUAGUUAUAAUAAUAAUAAUAUUAAUAAUGAUAAUGGUAAUAACAAUAAUAUUAAUAAUAUUAAUAAUAAUAAUAAUAACUAUAAUAAUAUUAAUAUUAAUAAUAACAACUUUAAUAAUAAUAAUAAUAAUAUUAUGAAUAUUAAUAAUAAUAAUAAUAUUUUGAAUAUUAAUAAAAAUAACAAUAUUAUGAACAUAAAUGAUAAUAAUAAUAAUUUACAUGCACAAGAAAGGAAUUCGCAUGUACCAAAUGCAUUUUUUAUGAAUUAUAAUCAAAAUAAGAAAAAUAAUUUGAUUAACACAAAUAACGAAAACAUAAAUAGAAAUAAAACAAAUUUGAAGAACACUAUAAAUAUGAACAAUAUAAAUUACAUGCACAUGAACAACAUGAAUAUGAAUAACAUGAAUAUGAAUAAUAUAAAUACAAAUAAUAUGUAUAUGAAUAAUUUGAACAUGAAUUAUAUGAACAAUAAUUGUAGUGAAAUAAAUAAUUAUUCUAGUUUAAACAUUACAGAAGAUAAUAUUAAUCAAAAUGACUAUAUCAAUAAUAAAAUGAAAUCAAAUUUCAACAAAAAUUCAGAAUCAUUUAAUCCCAAUCGAAUGAAUACCAUAAAAAAAAAUAUUGAAAAUGUUAAUUAUAUGAAAAGAGAAUGCACAAAUGUAAAUAAUAAUUAUACAGGUAUAUCAAAUCAAAAUGAUUAUAGUUAUGAAAGAUCAGCAAACAUAAAUGAAAAUUUUAAUGACCAUUCAAAUGCUGUGAACAUAUCUAAUGAAUACAAUAAUAUUAAUAUGGAUACAAAUAAGUUAAAUGAUAUGAACUUCAAUAACACCGCAUUUAUAAAUAAUAAUAAUACAAAUAUAGUAAGCAUCGAUAACGCAAAUAUUAUGAACAAGAAUAAUAAUACAUUUAAUGAAAAUAUAGAUGGAAAAGAAAAUAAAAAUAUUUAUGAAGAAGAAGAGGAUAAUGAUGACUGGGGAGAAUUAGGUGAAGACAAAUACAUUGAUAUAAAUUCUAUUAUAAAAAAAAAAGAUGUUAUUUUAACUCAAUUGGAAGCUGACUUAAAUGAUUUAUCGAAAAAAGGAAAUGAAAAUAAAAAUAAAAAAAAAAAUAAAUCAAAAAAAGAAGAUUUAUUUAUAAUUAAUGAAACAAAUGUAUCAUUAGGUGAUAAAAAAAAAAGUAAAAAAAAUAAAAAUAAAAAUUUGAAAAAUAAUAAAAAAGAAAAUGAACAAAUAGAAAAACCCAUAAUUACUUAUACCAAUGAGAAAAAUAUAAAAGCAACAAAUAAUAAUAAUAAUAAUAUGUCAAAUAAAAAAAAAGCAAAAAAGGAUUAUGUGGAAACUAAUGAUAAAAAUUUGGAAUUAAAAAAUGAAGAAAAAAAAAAUGUCAAAGAAAAUGAAAGUGCUAAAAGAGAUAUGGAAAUUAAAGAAAAUAAUAUCACAGAAGAUAAAUUAAAUAAAAACGAAGAAAAUGAAAUGAAUGAAAACAAAAAAGAAGAGGAUGUUUGUGAUAAUAAAAAUGAUGAUCAGAAUGAAAAAAAAGAAGAAACAGUAGCUGAAAAACCUGCAAAAGCAUUAUAUGUGUUUAAAAAGAAAGAAAAUAUGUCACCUCUUGAAUAUAUGGAAAGGCAGAUAAAAAGUUUGCUUAAUAAAUUAACUGUUGAAAAUUUUCCUAUUAUAACAGAAAAAAUCUGCCAAAUAAUGGCUACUCGUUCAAAUAUGGAUGAAAUUCAAACUGUAGUAAAUCAGGUUAUUAAUAAAGCAGUCUUAGAGCAUGACUGGUCAGAAAUGUAUGCAGAUGUUUGUCAGGCAUUAAAAUGGAGAUCACCCAAUUUUGAAAAAAAAAAAAAAACCUCUUUUGAAAUUGCAUUACUAAAAAAGAUCCAAGAAGAAUAUGAAAACUUACCUAGUACAUUUGAAUCUACUAUGAAGGAAAAAUUAAAAAAUGAUGAAAAUGAAGAAGAACUAAGUUUUGUUGAGCAAAAACAAAAAAAAAGAUUAUUUGGUAUAGUAAAAUUAAUAGGAGAGUUAUUUCAGAGGCAUAUUGUAUCUAUUUCAAUAGUUAUUAGUAUAGCACAUGAUUUAUUAAUUGCAUAUGAAGAACCAAAAGAAUACUGCAUAGAAGCUUUUCUUCAACUUAUUUAUUCAACUGGUUUUUUUAUUGAUCAAAUUGAAAAGUAUAAAAAUAUUUUAGAUACAUGGUUUGGAAGAUUAAAAGAACUACAAAGAAAAAAAAUGUAUUCAAAAAGAAUUAAAUUUGUAAUUCAAGAUGUUUUUGAUUUAAGAUUAUCCGAAUGGAGAAAAAAAACUCAUAAAGAUACAGCAAAAGGCUUAAAUGAAUUAAGAUCUCAAUUAGAAACAGAAGAAAUGAUGGGUGGUUCAAUUCAUUUAGCUCAAUUAGGAAAUAUAGUUAUCGUUGGAGAAAGACACAAUUUAAGAAAUAAUGAAUCCUAUUCAAAAUAUAUGCAAGAGCAAGAAAGAUUAAGUAAAUUAACCCAAAGUAAAUAA